AUGACACCUAGACUGCCUGCGAGAGUCAUCGAGGUGCCGAGCAACGAGGAAGCUGGUCAAGCUCGUGUGAUAGACUCUGGAGGGUGUAGUGGACGCUACCUCACUCUCAGCUAUCCUUCGAGCGGCGUACCGCUCCACCUCGCCCAUCAGGAUGGUCCCGAAUCUCUAAAGGUGUCAGCUCUGCCAGCAACCUUUCAGGACGCCAUUGAACUGACAAGGAAUUUUGGCGUCCGGUAUCUAUGGAUCGAAGGGCUGUGCGCCAACAUAGGCGGAGGUCGGUCCAGCUCGCAACGACAUCUAUCAACAAACGAGGUCUUCUCCAAUUCAUACCUCAACAUUUCUGCAAGUCGAGUCUCAGACGUCAACUCCAGCUUCCUCUCAAGGAACCAGAUCUCCUUCGCAACCCAAGGCUACAACAGCACAACAUCUCAACCCCACGACACACCCUGUUACAUCGAAAUCACUACUCCGCCCAACACCACCACUUCCUCCUCCAACCAUAUCAACAACCCCACAUCCGCCGUCCUCAAACUCCGUCGGCUCAUCUCCAACGAUCCAAGCCUCUCCCAAGGCCCCAUCUCCAAGGAUCCCACAACCUACUCUCACCGCCUCCUUUCCCCCCGAAUGGUAUCCUUCGGCCGCUGUAUCUCCUUCCACUGCCACAAUGGGCCGGCUCUCGAUACCUGCACCGGAGACGUCUGGACACAGAACCUCGAAUACCACGGCGUUACAACAUGGCCUAUGCCCCUCGUCGCGCCGAAAUUGUUGACGGAUCGGUUGAAUUUGUGGAUGAGUAUUGUGAGAGAUUGGAGUGCUAUGCCGACACAGGAGACUGGAGGAGGCCUGAGGCUGUUGGGAAUUGCGGGAGUGGCGGAGCGCUAUGCAGGUCUUGCGACUGAGGUUGACACAAGGGAGCAGUUAUAUCUUGCGGGACUAUGGCAGGAACAUCUACCGCAGUGGUUAAUGUGGGAUGUGUUGGACUCUACGACCGCGAAGCGAUGCCCUGGACCCAGUCGGAGUUGGAUCAGUGUGCUGGGUGGUGUGAGGUAUUAUGUUGACUACCACAUGAAGUAUCUGUGUGAAUUUAAGGGGUAUGACUGUACGCUUCUGGACCAAGGGGCGAAGUAUGGAGAAGUUAGGAAUGGGAAAUUGACUCUGAAGGUGACACUAGGGAGGACGACGAGGUUCUUGUGUAGGAUCGGCGAUGGAAGAGUUGAGGGACUGCUAGGGAUCACGCAAGUCGAGACUAGAAGGGAGAGGGCCUUGAAGGGGAAGUUCGAGGCGAAGCAGCCCGAGGGAAGGACAAUGAGGCUUGAUACCGAUGAUGAGAAGCCGGUAGCGAGAGAUGGAGCAGCAGAAAGCGACGGGACCGUGUCAACAGGCGAAGGCUUCGCGGUGCUGGCGCAGGAAGAGAUCUUCUUGUUACCCGUCAAGCUCGGUCAUUCUGGAGAUCUCACUGGACGGGUCUGGAAGCAUGGACUGAUGCUCGCACGUACCGACGACGGUACAUUCCGACGUUUUGGAACAUUUACGCUGGAUCACAAGACUAUCGCCCAAGACGUGACUUGGGAAGAGAACAGCUCCAUCACCCUCAUCUAG